AUGUUAAUGCAGUGUGGUGUUACUAUAUUUGAUAUUACAAAUGAUUCAGAAAUAGAAUUAGAAGAAGCUAGAUUUUCUUUUAAUUACAUAUAUAAUGAAUUAAUUAAUUAUAGUGAUGAAGAAAUAAUUAGAUCCAAAGAAAAGGGAAUUUGUAGAAAGUUCAUAUUAAUAUCAACUGCAAUGACUUGGGUUAAAGAAACAUGCAAAAAUCACAUUUAUAGUGAAAAUGAAGAGGUAAAUACUAGUUUUACGGAAAAGGGUGUUUUGGAGCGAUUGCCAAUAGCUAAAUAUCAAAUCAUUUUUGAAUUUGAGAAAUUACUUUUAAAAUCUAAUUCUUCAAAAAUCAAAGAUAUUUUUCAAACAUAUGUAUUUGGUACUGGUAUUAUUUAUGGUCAUGAAGAAAAUGCUUUACAUUAUGUUUUUACCAAUGCUUGGCACAAUCCUAAAGAAAUGUAUAUUUCCAUGUUGAAUCGAACAGUGCCUGUGUUUCAUAUAGAUGAAUUAGCCAAAUUAGUUUUUAUUGUUUCAAAAAAUUAUUCUGUUAAGAAUAACUAUAUACUAGCAGUAGAACAAGAAUCAUAUGGUUUUAAUAACAUUAUAAAAUCCAUGUGCGAUGAACUUUGUAGUUCAAAUUUGGUUUUAAAGGAAGACAGUUUCAUCACCAACCAAUAUAAAUUUAACAGUUUUACGUGGGAUUUAAUAUGUAGCGACUUAAAUAUAGAUUCUAUGUUAGAUAUUAUUGUACCUGAUUAUAAGAUACUUCAAACAUCAAUAAUAUCAAAUAUGAAAAAAUUGACACUUGAUUUUGUUGAAGCAAAUAAUUUAUACUCUCUAAAAAUUAUAGUUAGUGGGCAACCAACACACAUGUCAUCCAAUAUUGCCAAGCGCCUAGCUAAGUAUUAUAAAGUACAAUUAAUUGACAUUCCUAAUUUAAUAAAUAAUUGUUUCACAUCAUUGAAAAAUGAUCGAAUUGAAUUAGAAUUAAAAAUGAAUGACUUAUACAUAAAACGUACCAAUAUCAAACAUGCAUUAGUUAAAUUAAUUGCUCAAUUUGAUGAAUGGUUAGAACAUAUUAAUGAACAAUUGAAUUUAGAUAAUUCUUCUUUUAAUGAACAAAAUAAUAAUGAAAUGAUAGAUGAUACUAAACAAAACUCCGAAAUUAUAAACAAUAAUACCCAAAUUUCAGAAAAUGAAAUUUUAACAGACUCAUCAGAAAAUAAUAUUCAAAAAUGUUGCGAAGACACUUGUUCGGCUAUUAAUGAAAAAAGUAAAAUAUGUUUUAAUUUCAAGAAUUUAGAGCAAGACAUGACAAGUAUUUCUAAUAGUUUUAAAUCUGAAAGCUCAGAUAUUCAUUAUGAACAAGAAGUCCCUAUAACUGGAUCAAACAUGAAUGAGAAAAAUAUAACAGAAAGUAUUAUUGUACACAGAUUAAAUGUACCAUUAGAACUGGCUGAUGAAACAAUAUCUCAUAAUUUUCAAUACAAGUUUUAUACAGAUACUAUAAUAUCCCUGAUUGGCCGUAAUCCAUUUAAAGAUAUAAGAUAUGAGACAAAUGAUAAUCAGAAAUCAAAAAAAACAAGAAAGUUACAAAGAAUAUCAAACAAGUUGAAUAUGAUGAAUGAACAGUGGAAACAAGAUAUAAACAAAACUUUAAAACAGGAAAAGAAACAAGAAUAUAGGAAUUCAGUAAAGAUUCAUAAUUAUAUAAGCAAAAAUAUUUUGCCAAAACUUUUGAAAGAAGUUUCCCCAGUUAAUAAUAGAGAUUCACAUUUCCCAGAAAAAACAUUGAAUAAAACCAAAUUAUGCAAUACACAAACGGAUGAAAAUAUUACUCGUAGUAUUUUAAUCACUAAAUCAACUUAA